UGUGACUCCCUGAAACUUGGCAACGCCUUCAGUCUGGAUAUUGACAGCAAGACAAAGAGGUGUCUGGACCAUGAGCGACGUGGUAGAGAAGAGCUUGGAAGGACCCUUAGCAAGCACUACAGACAAGUCUUUCCAGAAAAGGGAAGACUUGGUGGAAAUUUUAAAUGGGGAGAAGGUAAACUUUGAUGAUUCAAGACUUUCCUUAAUUCUUCAGAAUGGCUUGGAGACCCUGAGAGAGGAAAAUGCUCUGACAGAUGUCAUCUUGUGUGUGGACAUUCAGGAAUUCUCCUGUCAUCGUGUGGUGCUUGCUGCAGCUAGCAACUAUUUCAGGGCCAUGUUCUGCAAUGACCUGAAAGAAAAGUAUGAGAAGAAGAUCAUUAUUAAAGGGGUGGAUGCUGAGACCAUGCACACACUCCUGGACUACACGUACACCAGCAAGGCUAUGAUCACCAAACAGAAUGUUCAGCGGGUCCUGGAAGCUGCCAACCUUUUCCAGUUCCUGCGGCUGGUGGAUGCCUGUGCUAGCUUCCUCACAGAAGCCUUGAACCCAGAAAAUUGUAUUGGAGUACUGAGGCUGGCAGACACACACUCUUUGGACAGUUUAAAGAAGCAAGUUCAAAGUUACAUCAUCCAAAACUUUGUGCAGAUUUUGAACUCUGAGGAGUUCCUUGAACUUCCUGUGGACACCCUGUAUCAUAUCUUGAAGAGUGAUGAUCUGUAUGUGACUGAGGAGGCUCAAGUGUUUGAGACUGUAAUGAGCUGGGUCCGACACAAGCAGUCAGAACGACUCUGUCUACUGCCUUGCAUCCUGGAGAAUGUGCGUUUACCGCUUCUGGACCAGUGUUACUUUGUGGAGAUGGUCGAAGCGGAUCCUCUCAUCAGGCAGUGUCCUGAGGUCUUCCCACUGCUUCAGGAAGCCAGAAUGUACCACCUUUCUGGCAAUGAGAUUAUUUCAGAGCGCACCAAGCCCAGGAUGCACGAGUUCCAGUCUGAGGUAUUCAUGAUCAUCGGUGGCUGUACAAAGGAUGAGCGAUUUGUGGCAGAGGUAACCUGCCUGGACCCCCUGAGGCGCAGUCGCCUGGAGGUGGCCAAGCUCCCAUUGACAGAGCAUGAGCUGGAGAGUGAGAAUAAGAAAUGGGUGGAGUUUGCAUGCGUGACAUUAAAAAACGAGGUCUACAUCUCAGGUGGCAAAGAAACACAGCAUGAUGUUUGGAAAUAUAACUCUUCAAUCAACAAAUGGAUUCAGAUUGAAUAUUUAAACAUAGGCCGCUGGAGGCAUAAGAUGGUGGUACUGGGUGGCAAGGUCUAUGUAAUUGGGGGUUUUGAUGGCUUACAAAGGAUCAACAAUGUGGAGACCUAUGACCCCUUCCACAACUGCUGGUCAGAGGCUGCACCCCUCCUUGUCCAUGUGAGUUCCUUUGCAGCCACCAGUCACAAGAAGAAGCUGUAUGUGAUUGGGGGAGGGCCCAAUGGAAAACUGGCCACAGACAAGACACAGUGUUAUGAUCCUUCAACCAAUAAAUGGAUUUUAAAGUCGGCCAUGCCGGUAGAGGCUAAAUGCAUCAAUGCAGUGAGUUUCCAGAAUCACAUCUAUGUUGUUGGUGGUGCCAUGAGAGCACUCUAUGCCUACAGCCCUCUGGAAGACAGCUGGUGUCUGGUGACACAGCUCAGCCAUGAACGAGCCAGCUGUGGCAUCGCACCCUGCAACAACAGGCUGUACAUCACCGGUGGGCGGGAUGAGAAGAAUGAGGUCAUCGCUACUGUGCUGUGCUGGGAUCCUGAGGCCCAGAAGCUGACAGAGGAGUGUGUCCUGCCUCGGGGAGUGUCACAUCACGGCAGUGUCACCAUCAGGAAGUCAUAUACUCACAUACGGAGGAUUGUGCCUGGUGCAGUGUCUGUGUGACUGCAGAGAGAACCUGGAAGGCGCCCCUGGAGUCUCUGAGCACUGAUUCUGCACUCCCGCUUGCUCAGGUCCCUUGCGAGUCUCAGGCAUAGCUUGGGUCUAAGGCCCAUGGUUCGUCCUGGCAUACCUAGGAAGUUUUGGGACGUUUGAGAUCAGCAGGAAUGUUGUGUGACCUACCUCUGAGUGGACUGUGGAAGAAGAGUAAUAUUUGAUAUAUAGGUCCUGCCUUCUUACCCUGUCCUGUCUGUGCCAAGCACUCUUUCAUGUUCAUUUAACUUCUGCAGUGGCCUGCUGCCAGAUAUUACCACUCUUGUAUUAACAGAUGAUGAAAAAAAAAAAGCUUCUGAUGGGCUGACUUCCCCUGGUCACUCAAAAAGAAAGUAGCUCAGCAAGCAGUCUAAGCCCAGGUCUUUCCAUUUUGAAGUCAGUGUCUUUCCCGCCAUACUCUAGUUCAGAUCAGGAAAAACAAAACCAAACCUCAAACUUGGCAAGUCUGCUAAAAGAUUCUGUCAGCAAGACAGGGGCUAAAGGUGUUUCGUUUUUCUUUCUUUUAUCCCUUGUAUGAAAACCAUAAACUCCAUUGGUCUUGGAGCUUUUGGGGCCACUUGUCAAGGGCACAUCAUAUGUUCUUCCACUGGAUAGGUCUGUCAGGACUGCCCUGCAAAGGCCUGUUUGCUUUGAAAGAGGUGAAAGAUGUGUCUUGUUCUUCCCCACAUUGAAGAGUUUAUGUCAACAAUGAUAGGUGGCUCAUUUGGGGCUGGAAUUGUCAUGGCCAGUCAGAAGUAGUUUUCCUUAGGGUUGGGGAUAUGGCUCAGCGGGUAAAGCACUUGCUGUGUAAGUAUGAAGACUGGAGUAGAGUGCUU